AUGCGCGUCGGCUCGCCCGAGGACUGCUGUCGCGACCCUCCCGUCGUGACGCAGCCUCUGACGAGCUCUGCAACCGAGGAGAGUGAGGGUGCGCCUCCCCUCACUGCUGGCCUGGCUGCGCACCGCCCCACAAAGCACCCCCUCGAGCAUCUCUACAAGUACAAGUACAAGGGCGACCUUCUCCAAGUCGUCAACGCGCCCGGCGGCUCCGGCAAGACUUUAGCCUUGGCCACCCUCCUUGCGGAGCAGGAGGAGAUCCGCUCUCGGUCGGCAACGUGGCAGCUAGUCGAGAGACUCGCCGCCCAGCCGCUCGAGGCGGGCUUCUGGACGACUUCUCUCAUGGCCGAUCGCUGGGAGGCGCGCAAACGUCAGCGGCCCGACUCGUCCGCCAGCGAGACAAUCGACAUGAAGCGGCUACGAAUCAACUCGAGGUGGGCGCCCCCGCUUCCCGGCCGCCUCCCGCGCGCCAACUCACCGGUCCUCCCGUGCAACCGCAGCGAGCCGCUGGACACGCCGCCGGCGGCGGCAGCAGCUGCCCCGGGCAGUGCGGCGGAACUGCUGGCGAGGGGCGGUGCUCCCGCAUGGGGCACCGCGCAACUCUCGCCCCCCGCGGCUUACGCCGACAUCAACUCGAUGCUCGCGCGCCUGCACAUGGAGAGGGUUGCGGCCGGGGUGAGACCCGCGUGGCGAGGCGACGACGACGACGAGGACCUCUGA